GACGUGCGCGCAUGACAUCACGUGACGACGUCGCACGGAAUGCUGGGAAACAAACAGUGGCAUGAAUAACGCUUGGCGUAAACAUCUCUUACCGAUGUGUGCAAGAGCUCGCGGAGCGCAAGGAAACAUCCAGUCGGGCAAACGCAGCUUUUAUAACCGUGCUCAGCUGAGCGAAGAGAUGCGACACUCUGAGCUGCGAGAGCGGCGCUGUGCCUGGACUCGGGGAAGUUUUAUCCGUCAAACAGGAGAGGGAAAGCGUUGCUGAUCGCCUCGCCAGAGGAGCCCGGGUUGGGCAACGUGUAGCCUACGUUCAAGGGUCAACAUUUUGGACUGGUCCAAUCGAUCAAUCCAGUGGGGUCAUAUGAAGUCGGGAUGAAUAUGUGGAGCUCGGGGCCAGUGCAGGGUGUGCUGAAAGCCCUGAAGCACGCCGCGGGGAAAGGACACGUCCAGUUGAGCCGCUGGCUGCAGCGGAGCCCGGACCCCCUGGACUGCGACAAGAUCGACAUCUUGAUCUGUAACGUCUUUGACGAGCGAGGGAACGCGGAGGCGGACCCCGCGGGUCACACCGAGCCCGGCGCCUCCUUCACUCCCGAGUUCAGGCAUCCGUGCUGCAUCAGCACCUGUUGCUUCAAAAGCGCCCUGCUGGCGUGCGUGCUGACGGCCGUGUGCUUCUCCUCGGUGGCCCUGGUGCGCCAGUACCUGAAGGACGUGCUGCUGUGGGUGGAGAGUUUGGACAGUUUCGUGGGAGCCAUGCUGUUCAUAGUGGGCUUGAUCACGGUGUCGUUCCCCUGCGGCUGGGGCUACAUCGUGCUGAACGUGGCCGCGGGGUAUCUGUACGGGUUUGUGCUGGGCAUGGGGCUGGUGAUGGUUGGGGUUUUUUCGGGACUUUCAAUCGCUCAUGUGGUGUGUAAGCGACUGCUGACGAACUGGGUUCUGGGUAAGAUCGGCAGCAGUGAACAGCUGAGUGCUGUUAUUCGGGUGGUGGAGGGUGGAAGUGGACUCAAAAUCGUGGCCUUAGCGAGACUCACGCCGAUUCCUUUCGGCCUCCAGAACGCGGUCUUCUCGAUCACAGAUGUGUCCUUGCCAAAUUAUUUAGUGGCUUCGUCAGUGGGACUUCUCCCAACACAACUCCUUAACUCCUAUCUGGGCACCACCCUGCGCACAAUGGAAGACGUGAUCGCAGAGCAGAGCGUCAGUGGAUACUUCGUGUUCAGUCUACAGAUCUUCAUCAGCAUAGGCCUGAUGUUUUACGUUGUACAUCGAGCACAAGUGGAACUGAACGCCGCCAUUGCAGCCUGCCAGUUGGAGCUGGAGACGUCGUUCAUGAAUGGCGGCGCGGCCAACCACGCCAGCUCGAGCUACUGCAGCAAGCGGGCUGCGGCGGGAGGAGGGAUCAACGUGGUCUGAAUGCCGCUGUUCUUGAACAUAUUUCAAUCUUUUAUCCAGUUGGACGGAUGGAGAUCUGUCUCGCCUGCGUCAGGGAGUCCUGGGAGCUGCUACAGUCCCAGCCAGCUGUUCUGGUUAUGCUGGAGGUCUGAUGUGGAGUGGCACUGGACUGCCGAAGAGCCCAUCAUCAGGCUUUGAUGGAAACAUUGCCCAAAGACUGGGACUCAGGGCCAGUAUUACAUGAGAAGUUUAUGAGAUUGACUUGAGAUAUAUUUGUUUUUGCGGUACAUUUUUCUUUUUUUAAUGAUACUAAUAUAAAAUGAUUAAACUUUAUAGGCGGUCUAAAGCAUGAAAUGUGUAAAUUAAUUAAAGCAAAUGUUAUAGAAUUGUAGUUAGAUACUAAAGAGGGCCCAACUAAUAUAUCAGGUUAAUAUGCUUAAGAUGUUUCCUUUGUUUUAUAUAUAUAUAUAUGAAGAAUUGUUUAAUUUUUUUUAUACUUUAUUUUUAGUUUUAUUAUUAUUCAUCUAAAGGUAUUGCUUGAUGGAUUGUUUCUUUUCGUAUUAUGUCUAGAGUAAGAAAAACUAUUAUCAGUUAGUACCACCUGCGUACAAAUUCUGGCUCUUGCCAAACUGGGAACACUUUUGCUACUCUGCAGUUUUGUAAGGAACAGAUGGGAGGGAAGGAAAUUUUCUUAGCUGGAUAUUUAAGGAUGUCCUGCCAAGAACCUUUAGUAUGGCCUGAUUAGCUCAGCGGUAUGAUCGUACGCGUUCAAUUUCUCAUUCUCAUAUUGAGAGGACUGAAAUUCUUCACCUUCUUUCUUCUAUUGUUUAACCAAAUGCUUUAUUAUAGGGCUGUUAGCAUUUUUGACAACACUUGUUAAUUUUUUUCAUUGUUAGAAUCAUAAUUCAAAACAUUUGCACGCAUGGAAUUUAACAAACUGAAUAUGUAAGAUAAAGAUGAAAUGCAGAAAAGCGGGGAAAGUAAUUAUUAUGACUAUAUUCUAUAUAUUGAAUAUAUAAUAUAUUUGUAUAAUUAUUUAAAGAUAUGUAUUUAUAUAAGUAUUUUCCUUAAAUUAGGGGAAGAUAUAUAUGUGUAUAU